UAACUUUUCUGUUUUUUUUUGACCUUUUCACUGAUAAAGUCAUGUUAUUCCAGCCUUUCGGUUUUGUUGAUUUGAUUUUUUUUUGAGUCUCAGGUAGUCUUCGGAGUUGCAGUUUCUUUGUAUAUUUAAAUUUGGUGAAAUUAGUAAAUAAUGGAAUCUAAAGAAACUGAACACAAACUAUGGGGCGGACGUUUCACCCACUCUACAGACCCAAAAUUGGAAGCUCUUAAUGAAUCUUUACACUUCGAUAAAAGAAUGUAUGCAGAAGAUAUUGAAGGUAGUAAAGCUUUUGCACAAGGAUUAUCAAGAAUAAAUCUGCUAACGAAAGAAGAAAUGAUGCAAAUCUGUGAUGGACUGGAUAAAAUUCAAAUCGAGUGGGAUAAAAACGAAUUCGCAAUUAAGAACGGGGACGAAGACAUCCACACUGCAAAUGAAAGAAGACUAAAGGAACUUAUUGGAGAACCGGCGACGAAACUCCACGUCGGCAGAAGUAGAAACGACCAAGUGGUGACAGACAUGAAGUUGUGGCUCAAAAAAAAUCUGGGGGUGUUGCAAUAUGAAAUUUGCGAGCUUAUAAGGGUCGUAGCAACCCGAUCUUUGAAAGAGAUUGAGAUUAUUAUGCCUGGAUAUACACACCUUCAAAGGGCCCAACCUGUACGAUGGAGUCAUUACUUACUUAGUCACGCGUGGAAUCUGAAAAACGACUGUGAUCGACUCGAAAACAACCUUAGACUGUUGGAUUUGUUGCCUUUGGGCAGUGGCGCCUUGGCGGGAAAUCCGUUUAAUAUUGACAGACUCGAGUUGGCCAAAUCGCUUCAAUUUGCCGACGUAACUGAUAAUAGUAUGCAGGCCGUAGGAGACAGGAACUUUAUAGCUGACUUCCUAUUUUGGGCCUCAAUGGUUGGCAUCCACUUAAGUCGCCUGGCCGAAGACUUAAUCAUUUACAGUUCAAAAGAAUUCGAAUUUGUUACUAUCGACGAAUCUUACUCGACUGGGAGCAGCUUGAUGCCACAAAAACGAAACCCGGACAGUCUCGAGUUGAUAAGGUGUAUCGGUGGAAGCCUAUUUGGACAAUGUUGCAGCUUCAUGAUGGUUCUAAAGAGUUUACCGUCAACCUAUAAUAAAGACCUGCAAUGUGAUAAAGAGUCAAUGUUUUCCACGUUUGACAAACUAAAAUCAAUUUUACAGGUUGCUACUGGUACAGUGAAAACCCUAAAAGUGAAUGAGGAUAAAUGUAAAUCGGCUCUAAGUUAUGAAAUGCUCGCCACCGAUGUUGCUUACUAUCUAGUGCGAAAAGGGGUGGCUUUCCGCGCUGCCCACCAUAUUGCCGGCCAAGUGGUUGCUGAGGCGGAAAAGAAGAAUGUUAGUAUUAACGCCUUGACUUUGGAGGAGCUUAAGAAUAUAAGUUUACACUUUGAAGUGGACAUUGGAAAAGUGUGGAAUUACGAGAACAGCAUCGAACAGUAUCGAGCCAUCGGAGGCACGGCCAAAGUUAGUGUCAUUAAUCAGAUUCGUAAAUUGGAAGCCUGGUUGGUUAAUAAAGAGAAACUUGCUUAAA